CAAACAAUGACCCCUUACUUGCACCAACGAAUCACAACGUGCACCAUCUCCUUCCCCAUUCCCAUUUGUCCCCAAAUCUGAUCACAGCUUACAACCUCAUUUUAGAUUUUUUUUGAAAACACGUAUUAGUUGAUCAUACAUCCAGCGAUGAACUAAAAUCAACCGUUAGGAAAGGGGAUUCGGUUGAUUAGUUUCAGUAUAUCAAUCAUUAGGCAUGGCUUCAUCUUCAUAUCAAUCUUCUCUGGGAUUAGUAGUUAUAUUUCAGUUGGGAUUAUUACUUGUUCCCCAUUCACCAAUUGCCGCUGGGGAUGACGUUUCACGCGCUGCUCCAAGUGGUUCUUCUAGCUACUGCAGCAACCCCUAUCGAUUGGUCAAGGUCAAAAGCUGGGUGAAUGGAGAUGAAGGGAAAUCAAUAAGUGGGAUGAGCGCAGCAUUUGGUCAGAUAUUGCCCACAAACCCUAAAGAAGGCCACAUAUUACCAGCUACUUUUUCGAAUCCUUUAAAUGGCUGUUCAACUUCAUCUUCAAAGUUAUCCGGCUCUAUUGCAUUGGCAAUGCGUGGUGAAUGUGAUUUUAUAACCAAGGCUAAAGCUGCACAAGCUGGAGGAGCAUCAGGAUUGCUGGUGAUAAAUGAUGACGAAGAUCUUGUGGAGAUGGGUUGUCCUGAAAAUGAUACUGCUUUGAACAUUACAAUUCCUGUUGUGAUGGUCUCCAAGUCAGGAGGAGAGGAAAUAAACAAAUCAAUGGCUGGUGGAGAGAAAGUUGAACUACUGUUAUAUUCUCCAAAUCGUCCAGUUGUGGACUACUCAGUGAUAUUCUUGUGGUUGAUGGCGGUUGGGACAAUAGUGUGUGCAACACUUUGGUCAGAAUUUACUGGAUCGGGUCAAAGUGAUGAGCGUUAUGAUGAAUUGUCACCAAAGGUUCGACAAACUAAACCAUUUGGUCCAUUUCUUAUAUGUUGUCAGGGUAUCUGUUUGAUGAUUACUGUCCUUCAAUUGGCUCAAUUACCAAACAUUAAGGUUGCUACAGUACUUCUAUGCUGUGCUUUUCUCUACGACAUCUUUUGGGUUUUCCUAUCACCGUUGAUAUUCCAUGAUAGCGUCAUGAUUGCGGUUGCUUCAGGCAACAAAAGUGGUGGUGAAUCCAUCCCAAUGCUUUUGCGAGUUCCUAGGAUUUUUGAUCCAUGGGGUGGUUAUGAUAUGAUAGGCUUCGGGGAUAUUCUAUUCCCUGGUUUGCUAGUUUCUUUUGCUUUCAGAUUCGACAAAGCUAAGAAGAAGGGGCUAGUAAAUGGAUAUUUCCUUUGGUUGACAGUUGGCUAUGGAAUUGGCCUCUUGUUUACUUACUUAGGCUUGUAUUUAAUGGAUGGACAUGGUCAACCUGCUCUCCUCUACCUUGUUCCAUGUACCUUGGGACUCUGUAUCAUAUUGGGGUUGGUAAGAGGUGAGCUAAAACAACUUUGGAGUUACGGCAUUGAGUCAACACAACCCACUGUACCUUCUGAGGAAGCUUGAUGCAUUAUGUUCACUAGAAGAAUUCUAAUUACAAUGAUGGGCUAUCUAUGUACAAGUUUGUCCUAUGAUGGUAUACAAUUAAGCUUUGUAGAUCAAUACAGGUGAGAACUGAAAUCAUAAACAGCAUUCAUCUCCAUUUAAAGGUAGUUCACCCAUGUUACGUUUACGUGCAUCUAUAUUUUUGUUUGCCCUUUUGAUUUAUUCACCAUAUUAUACUUGUUGUUGCUGCUUUUUUAUGAGAAAUAUUGUUACAUAAUCAGCAUUGUAAUGAUCCUUGUGACAAAGGUUGUCUGGUUCACAGAUUCUAGAUAAUCUUAGCUAAUGAAGCCAAGGUUCUAGGAAA